CCCACCCCCGCCCCGCACGCCACAGGGCCGUGGCCUGUUCUCACGCUCUUUCUGGCUUUCCGUGAGGCCCGAUCAGAUUUGGAGGGAAGCGAACGUCGUUAAAUUCGACGAAGAGCCCAAACGGAGGUGAACGACAUGUCGAACGGUUAUGAAGACCACAUGGGAGGUGAAGAACCGAAGGAUGCCAAGAGCAACCUGAUAGUGAACUACCUGCCUCAGAACAUGACGCAGGAUGAGCUGCGGAGCCUCUUCACCAGCAUCGGAGAGGUGGAGUCAGCUAAGCUAAUUCGAGACAAAGUUGCAGGCCACAGUUUAGGGUACGGAUUUGUUAACUAUGUUAACCCUAGUGAUGCAGAAAGAGCUAUCAAUACACUGAAUGGACUAAGGCUACAGUCCAAAACUAUCAAGGUUUCAUAUGCAAGACCCAGUUCUGAUAGCAUAAAGGAUGCCAACCUGUAUAUCAGCGACCUGCCCAAGACCAUGAGCCAGAAGGAUGUGGAGGACAUGUUUACACGUUUUGGACGCAUCAUUAACUCCCGUGUACUUGUUGAUCAGUCUACAGGUCUUUCACGUGGGGUAGCAUUUAUUCGAUUUGAUAAGCGGUCUGAGGCAGAGGAAGCCAUCAAAACCCUGAAUGGCCAGAAACCAACUGGAGCAACUGAGCCAAUCAUUGUGAGAUUUGCUGCCAACCCAAACCAGCCUAAGAACACCCAACUCAUCUCUCAGCUCUACCACAACCAGUCCCGGCGCUUUGGAGGACCAGUACACCACCAGGCACAACGCUUUAGGUUUUCACCCAUGAGUGUUGAUCACAUGGGUGGCAUGGGAGGUGUCAAUGUCCCUGGGAACUCCAGCAAUGGUUGGUGUAUCUUCGUCUACAACCUGGGCCAAGAUGCAGAUGAGAGCAUCCUAUGGCAGAUGUUUGGCCCAUUUGGUGCAGUUACCAAUGUCAAGGUGAUCCGAGAUUUCAACACCAGCAAAUGCAAGGGCUUUGGCUUUGUUACCAUGACGAACUACGAAGAGGCGGCCAUGGCCAUCGCUAGCCUCAACGGCUACCGGCUCGGAGACAAGAUCUUGCAAGUGUCCUUUAAAACCAGCAAGGGCCACAAGUAGAAAGUGCUUGAUAAUCACUUAUAGAGAAGAAAGUAAAGUCAUAAGUCAGUCUUCGAUUACAAAAAAAUGUAAAUUGGCAAAGUGUGACACAGUAACUGGUUUUUUUAGUGUGAUCCCAGUUAAAAAUGUUGAAAAACGGUGUCUAGGCACAAGUUGGGUUUUUUGUUUGUGGGUUUUUUUUUUUUUUUUUUUGUCCCCACACCUUGUCACCUCUUUUUCGUCUUUAUUUGCAUGGAGCUUAAUGACAUUCAGUGUUUGUAAUUUUUGUGGAGCGAAGGGGGAAGAUGAUCUGAAUUAUUUAAAUUUUUGCAAUGAUCAGAAAUCUAAAAUAUUGGCUUUAAGUGUUGCGUCUUAAAUGGACUAAUUGUGACUCGAAAAAAUUGGUCCUCCACAAAGACAAAAACACCCUAGAGUCAAGGGAUAUUCUGUUUAAAAAAAAAUGGGUUUCAUGUCAGAACAUUUCUUUGUUCUGACCAUAUGUAGAAAUGGAUGUCUUAAAUGAUCAUCCAGUAGACAGAACACAUCACAACCAAGACAUCAGAGCAAAGCACUUUGAACCAGUGUGUUUUAGAUUACUAUGAAUGUCGGCCUGUACAAAAGUAAGUGUUCCCUCCCCCAUUAUUUAGAAAAGUAUAUGAUUUUCUAAGAUGUAUUUUUAGGAGAAUACAGCUGAAAAUAUUUUCCAGUUAAAGAGGAGGUAAUUUAAUGGACCAAAGGCAUGAAGAGAUUGAUCUGAUCCCCCACAUGUAGAUUCUGAGCAGACUAUGCUGACUGACAGCGCCACUGCUGGCCCACGUUUUUUUUUUUUUUUUUUUUUUUUUUUUGAAUCCAUUUUGGUCUCUUGAGAAAUAGAUUUAUAGUUGAGAUACAAACUUGUUUUAAUGAGUGCUUAGCUCAAGUUUGUAGAGAGCGUAAUGGCCUUUGUUCCUGAUUUUUCUUUUUUGUUUCUCUUUUGACAUAACCAUUAAAUUUUUUGUUUU